AUGUGAACAUUAAAACUGCGAAGUCAUAUACUUUUCUUGAUUGUGUGCUAUCAUCAUCCAUCAUGGCUGCCGAACUUGAUGCUAUUGAGAAGGAUUGCUUAGUUCGAGUGGCCGUAAGAAUUCGUCCUCAAAAUUCACGAGAGAUAAUUGACAUGUGUAGAAUCUGCACUACGGUUACGCCUGGCGAGCAGCAUAUUGUUAUUGGAUCUGACAAGGCAUUUACCUUUGAUUAUGUAUACGAUGUGGACUCAAAUCAGUGCGAUAUAUAUACCGAAUGUGUGGAGCGGUUGGUGGAAGGAACCUUGCGCGGCUACAACGCUACUGUACUUGCAUACGGUCAAACGGGCUCCGGGAAAACAUACACAAUGGGUACAGGAUUUGAUAACGCAUCUGGCGAUUAUCAACUGGGCAUAAUACCCCGGGCGAUUCGUCAUAUAUUUGCCGGUAUCGAAAGAAUGCAGAUGAAAGAAAAUGAAGAAGUCUCCGUCACAAAAUCACAGUUUAGCGUGGCUGUUCAGUUUAUUGAGCUAUACAACGAGGACAUUAUCGAUCUGUUGAAUCCAUUCAAUAAGCACUCAGCUUUUAAAAUACACGAAAGUGCAAAUGGACAAAUUUCUGUAGCAGGCGCCACAAUUAAACCAAUAAGCGAAUCACAGGAAGCUCUCAAAUUGCUACAGGAAGGCGCUUUAGCUCGUACCACUGCCUCGACUAAAAUGAAUGAUCUAUCGUCUCGAUCGCAUGCAGUAUUUACGUUAUUUGUGCGCAGACAACAUUUGAUCGAGCCACAAAAUGAUUUUACCGAUAAUGACUUUGAAACGCUGACAUCGAAGUUCCAUUUUGUUGAUUUGGCUGGUUCGGAACGAUUGAAACGUACAUUAGCCACUGGAGAGCGAGCUCGCGAGGGUAUCUCCAUAAAUUGUGGCCUUCUGGCCCUUGGAAAUUGUAUAUCAGCAUUGGGAGAUAAGUCAAAGAGGGUAUCGCAUGUGCCAUACCGUGACUCGAAGUUAACACGUCUCCUUCAAGAUUCGUUAGGUGGCAACAGUCAAACUUUAAUGAUUGCUUGCAUAUCGCCAAGUGAUCGGGAUUUUAUGGAAACACUAAAUACUUUAAAGUACGCUAAUCGAGCCCGCAACAUUAAAAACAAAGUUCAAAUUAACCAAGAUCAAAGCUCUCGAACAAUUUCGCUGUUGCGUAGGGAAAUUGCAGCUUUGCAAUUGGAGCUUUUGGAAUAUAAACAGGGGAAACGUGUAUUGGACUCCCAAGGAAAUACAUUAAUCUCAGACCAAUUUUAUGAAAAUUCCAUGCUUUCGGCUGAUAAUAAACGCUUACAACAACGACUUAAAUCAAUGCAAGAGACUAUUAACAUCUUAACAGAACGAAAUGCGCAGCUUAAGCUUGAAAAACAAAUUCAUGAAUGGUCAACAGACAACCGCUCCGAUUCAGAAGUCACCAGUUUAGUUGGGAAUUAUAUCGGCGAGAUUGAACAAUUGCAAGCUAAACUGAUCGAAUCGGAAGAUAUGUGUCAGCAAUUAAAAAAAUUGGGUUCGUCAGCGAACUCGCCACGCGGUAAUAAGCCGUCUUAUAAUGAUCCAAGUCUUCUCAUAGACAUUGCUAAGAGAGGCUUAGAGAAAGAUCGAGAGCUCUUAAUGUCUCGCUCAUUGCCUGGAAUAUCGAAUGAAAGCAGUCAGCUAGUAGAACUCGAGUCUUCUGACAGCGAUAGUGAUUCGAAUGAAAUCGAAAUGGAGGAAAAUUUAAAUGAAAUUAAUUCAGAUAUCGAAAUAAAAACUAAAUUAAUUGAACAAUUGGAGUUAUCCCAAGAGAGAAUACAACUUAUGCGACAGCAUUAUGAAGAAAAACUAACUAUCCUAACAUCUAAAAUUUUUAACACUCAAAAAGAGAGGGAUGAGAUGUUAGCAAAUAUGGCUUCUGCUGUGUCAAAUCAACCAAAAGACAACUCAAAAUCAGUGAAAAUAGAAUACGAACGUAAACUGAAUGAGAUGAAUCGUGAACUAAAAAGAUUACAGCAGUCUCAACGCGAACAUAUUCGCCAACAAAAAGAGAUUAAGACCCAGGAAAUAAAAUUACAUAGCUUGCGUAUGGAACUUAGUGAAUUGAAGUGCAGUAAGGUAAAGCUGAUGAAGAAGAUAUCCGAACAGACCAGCCGACACAAAGAGGAAAAUUCAAGGAAGACUCGAGAAAUUGCGCAAUUGCGUAAAGAGCAGAGACGGCAAAAGAAUGCAGUUUUGUCCUUACAGGCUAAAAUGAAUGCAAAAGAGCAAAUUUUGAAAAGGAAAUCUGAGGAAGUUUCCGCACUACGCAAGAGCCAACGUAGUCGAAAUUCUGGUCCGAAAACACUUCGACAGUCACAAUCAAAAAUUGAACAGACACGUUCCCUACAUCAUCGCUGGGAGACCUUAUCUCGUACUAUAUUGCACGCAGCGAGAAACAAACAGUUCAUUACUCAGUUGGAAACAGAGUUAGAACGCCACGUUAAAGAGAGGGAAGAUCUGUGUCGUGAGUUGGAGUUAAUUCAAGAUCCCCAGCAUAUUGAAAAGGGAUCCGAAUACUCAAACGAAGAAGAUAAUUUAAAAACCAACAUUGGUUAUGUACAAGAGAAUAUUGAACAUGUCCAAAAAGCUAUUAUGGAAUUCGAGGAUGUAAAAGAUCCGGCAAGCACUGAUGCAUACAAAAUGCAGGGCAUCUUAGACAAUAUUAGCACAAUUGACGAGGCAAAAUACUUGCUUCAAAAAUUAACAGACAAUAAUAUUUAUAUGACGUGCAAUUCCUCCAUGAUUGAGAGUCGUUUGCAAGAACAUGAAGCAUUACUCAAAGAGGCUCAACGCGAAAGUGUCACACAGCAACAAUUAUUUCAAUAUUGCCUGUUAAACAACAAAAAUUUGAAAAUUGCUGACUUAUUUGAAUCGAUGAAUCUUGAUGACAAGUUAAACUUAAGUCACUUAAGCCGCACCUUUUCGCAAAAAUCUUUGAACAGCAACGGAACUUAUGAUAUACCGCGUGGAGAAGCACUCGAAUACACUUCUUUUGCCGAAGACGAUGUGGCCAAAAGUCGAGGAUCAUCGCCCAAUCCAACCAAUGAAACAUCUUCCGACAAGAGUCCAAAGGUGCGCAGGCGUACAGCUCGACGUCAAGAUCUUCUUUUUGGAGACACAGGAUUUCCGAAUCAAGCACUCAAACCACAUGAACUAUGAUCAAUCGGAGUUCGAGUUUGCCAAGAGCUCCAAAAUUCUCAAAGUAAGUUCAUAUGUUACAGAAAUACAUAUAAUUUUAAUGAAACAUAUUUGUAUUUAUAUAUAUAUAUAUAUAUAUAUAUAUAU